AUGGCGGGCAGGCGGACGGGAUCUCCUGGCUACGAUAAUGCCUCUCGUUCUCAGAUUGGGCCAGUGGUCGCAGAAAAGGGCACGGGAGCCCCCGGGCAUGACUGCAACUACGGGCGGAACGUCGCGAGAUGGGCUGGCUCCGUUGCGCGCAUCAACGUGCCGUUCGACAACAUGGGUAGCACAAAUGGCAACCCUGGAGACCCCACCACCCGUCGCACACUGUCUCCCGUCUUGUGUUCCAGCGAAGGGAAGGGAGGCUGCUGCCGCAACCGCUACGGUAGGGUACCCAGGACGCACGUCAGCCUCGGCCUGGUCCUUCUGUGGGGUGCAGGCCUGGAUGGCGCCAGGGAGUGCGAGGGUGUCGAUAGCUGUGGCCCUGGAAGUAUGACUUUGGAUUGGCUGGUUUUCAAGACGUUAGGCUCCUCCGAGGGAUGGCCCGCAGACGCUAGCCAGGGCUAUGCAGGGCCCGACGGGCGUUCGGGUCCUGGCUUUCUGCUCAGAUGGCGUGUGUGCCCGUUGAUUUGGCCUCCUCACCAAGACGAAGGUGAUGCGUUGGCCCGAUUCAGCAAGCCGGCCGUGAGCACUAUCGCCGCCGCCCACCCCAAGUCCAAUUGCAGUGAAGAACGGCCAGGGAAGAAGGAACGAGAGCGUGCGUGGGAGUCGUGUGACGCAGCCAUGCAGCAACCUGGCUCUGUGAGCCUUUUCGGAUUGCCGAAAAAGUUUCCGUCGGUCCCUGUUGACGCUGCUGCCUUUAUCGGACGAGUCUGGCUGACUACAGGAGUAUAA